GACGAUAAUGAAUUAAAACGUACUAUGAAAGAACAAGUGAUGAGAUCACCCUCGAAAGGAGAUAUUGGGAUUGAUAGAUUCAAUGGUGUUGUAUUUCAGCAAAUUGUAAAUGGGAAAGAGCAUUGGAACAGUAAAGGUAUAGGUCAACCGGUUAAUAUGAGAAGAUUAUCAUUGGAAAAGCAAUUUGAGAUUGCACGAGUUGUUGGGUUGGAAGAUCUGUUCGAUAAUGUAUAUGAAAUUCCAGUGGAGAAUAUACCUAGUAAGAAGUGUGUAGUGAAGGAGAAAACUAGAAGAAAGGAAAAAGAAUAUAUACCUGAUAUCCGAAGUGUGAAUAGAAAUAUUGUUAAUAAUGGGGUAAAGCUGCAGAUGAUAAAGCGAAAAAUGAGUAGAAAAGUCAGAAAUAAUGAGUAUGUGGAUUUAGAUGAAAGUGCAUUGCGAAUUGACAAUGCGAAAGUUAAAGUGAUGGAAAGUCUUGAUAAAGAUGGUAGUAAUCCAAAGAAGCUGGACAUGUCAUGUGUUGUUGGUGAAAAUGAAAUUCAAAGGUUUAAUAGUAGCCCGAUA